AUGAACUUCAGCAUCGACAGUCAAUAUUUUUGGGACAAGAUUCGAAAAUUGAAAGAAGUCCAGAGUUCUGCCACUGCUAAAGAGUUGAUGAUUACCCUAAACGAAUCGAAAUCUGGAUCUAGUCUGAUGACAUUGAUAGAAGAGAUGUUCACAUUAGUAGAAGAGGUCACUAUGACAACGCAACCCUUGACGGAUACGACCAUACAUGGCUUCUUCUCUAGUCCUAUCCAAUGUCCCGAAACAACCAAACUCAGACGAUUGUUAGUACAACUCCGAGCUGAAUAA